AUGUCUGAGGACACACCAUCAACAUCUAAACAAUCUCUUCAGUUUUCUACUGAGUUGCCAUCCCCGCAAAGUACACCCUCUGAAAAUAUAAGCCCCAUCAAAAGUUUAAAUCCAUACCAAAAUAAAUGGACAAUCAAAGGCAGAGUUAAUCAUAAAUGCCCUAUUAAGGCAUACAACAGAGCCACUAAAAAUGGGCACGUGUUUAGUUUUGACAUUGUCGACACGGAAGGCUGUGAGAUUAGAGUCACAUGUUUUGAUGAAAUAGCUCAGUUACACUCUAACCGUGUGGAAGUAGGUUCACAUUAUGUUAUUUCAAAGGGAUCCAUAAAAGAAGCAAACACAAGAUACAACAAACUAAACAACCAUUUAGAAAUCAUCUUGUCUGAUACAUCCAUAGUAAAACACUACACCAAUGAAGAAGAACCAAAUCAACAACAUUCUCCUUUCACGCCCAUUAGUGAAUUGUUUCAGCUAACCAAUAACACGUUGGUUGACAUAAUUGGCGUUGUUUUAUAUGUUGGAGAUAUCAUUCCAAUACACAAGAAAGAUGGCAGUCAAACACAGAAGCGAGUUGUCAAAAUUAAUGAUUUGUCUGGAUCAACAAUUGACAUCAACCUAUGGGGUCCAAUGGUAGAACAAAGAGGCCUAGAAUUGAAAAACAUGUUGACCAGUGAUAGUGUUGUUAUCCUUGCUUUACGUAAUGCUCAUGUUGGCUAUUUCAAUGGAAAGCUUAUAAACAUAAUAGUUGCCACAACAUUACAUAUCAACCCACCUUUUCCAGAGGCAGAACCUCUAACAUAA